AUGACUCAUUAUAUUGAGUAUUAUAAUACUCAAGCGGGUGGAGGUUAUAAAGAAAAAUAUAAUAGAUUUGGCAAAGUUUAUGUUGGUUCUUAUCAACACGGUCAUGGUAUAGGUGCUUUUCUGGGAGGACUCUUUCGCAGAGUUGUCCCUUUUCUCGGUAAAGCGGCACGAGCUGUAGGAAAAGAGGCUCUUCAUGCAGAGGAGUGUGCAAAAUCAGAACUAGAUUUAUUCACACUACCUCCAACGCAAACAAGUAUUGAACAAUCGCAAUGGACAUAUUACAACCCUAUGGCAUCUUUAUCGGACGAUACUCCGAUAGAAUUUGUUAUACCUGGACACGGUGAAGAAUACAUUGACUUAUCACAUACUAUGAUAAAAAUUAAAGCAAAAAUUGUACAAAGUGAUGGUACAGCUGCUGAAAAUGAUGUUGUGGGUCCAAUAAAUAAUUUUUUACAUUCAAUGUUUAAUCAAGUAGAUGUCUUUUUCAAUCAAAAAAUGAUUUCACCACCUAAUAAUGCCUACGCUUAUAGAGCUUAUAUUGAAUCAUGUUUAAAUUAUGGAGUCGAUGCAAAAACUACUCAUCUUAAAAUGGCAUUGUGGAGUAUGGAUACAUUAGGAGAAUUUGAUAGUGUAGAAAAGGAUAAAAAUAAGGGUCUAAAAGAUAGAAUGACAUUCACAGCGAAUGGAAAAGCGUUUGAAAUGAUGGGUCAUUUACAUUGUGAUGUUUUUAAUCAAGAUAAAUUUUUACUUAACGGAGUAGAAAUGAGAAUUCGUUUAGUUCGAUCAAAAAAUACAUUUUGUCUUAUGAAUGGAAGUAAAAAUAACUACAUUGUCAAGAUUUUGGAAGCUAUGUUAAUAACGAGAAGAGUGAAAAUUAACCCGAGUAUUUUAAUAGCUCAUGCAAGAACAUUGGGUCAAACAACUGCAAAGUAUCCACUUACUAGAGUUGAAGUAAAAUCGUUUGUUUUAUCCAAAGGAAUACUUGGAAAUACUAUCGAUAAUGUGGUAUUAGGCCAAUUACCUAAAAGAAUAAUAGUUGGUUUUGUGGACAAUAGAGCAUACAACGGUUCCAAAACACAUAAUCCUUUCAAUUUUCAAACUUUUUCAUUAAACUAUCUUUGUUUAUACAUCGAUGGCCAGCAAGUGCUAGGUAGGGCGCUACAGCCGGAAUUUGGUAAAGAUAAUUACUCUGAGGUAGAAGCAUAUAACACCUUAUUUAGUGGAACGGGUGUCCACUUCGGAAAUACGGGGUCAUGGAUCACACGCUUAGAUUACCAAUAUGGAACCACUCUUUAUGCUUUUGAUUUAACACCAGACCUAUCCGCAAAUUUGGCUUCUCAUUGGAAUUUAGUUAAGAACGGAAGUCUCAGACUAGAAGUACGUUUUAGUAAAGCUCUUGAAGUUAAUGUAAACUGCAUUACAUACUUAGAGUUUGAUAACAUUUUGGAAAUUGAUUCAUCACGUCAGGUUAUAGUGGAUUAUAAUUAA